GCUAGGGUUUCAUCCUGCAGCAGCGUCCUUUGCCUGUCCAUUCAACAGGUGAAACAGGGCGCGUGGAACGCUGGGUGCCCUCACCCAUUCACUUGCCGCAUGACCUGCGCAUGCCACCUCACCUUGCUGUCAUCCCUGGACCGGUGCCUGUGGACGGCACCACGGUGGUGCUAGGCGCAGAGAGGUUGGCUGUCGAUCGCAUCUACCGGGACUCCGCAAGCUUCACUGCGGACUCGUUGGUUGCAAGCGCACGGGAAGGCAUCAGUCAUGGCCUGAUUCUCUUGGGCCCCAAACAGAAGAGUUGCAAGCUCCAAACCAGCGAAGCACUUGAUGGACACCUUUUGCAGUCGAUGGCGGAUGCUUUGGUCACAGAGGAUCUCCAAGUGUGGCUCAGUGCGGUAGAGAUUCUGGACGAUCAGAUCCUGGACUUGCUAGCGACAGGGGCACCCUCUGACUGGAAGGAGGCUCCCAUGCUGGUGGCACAUCCCUCCUUGGGCACGCAGCUGCUUGGAGCUGUCGAGGCCCCUCUUCGGGAGCCUUCAGAUCUUAGGGAGUUGAUGUCCUUCAUCCUGAAGCGUCGCUGUUUGACCCAGACCUGCCUCCAUGGCAGCCGCAGUCAUCCCAUCUACCUGCUUCGCACGGAGAUCCGGUCCGAACUCUCGGUGCACCUGGCCCUUUUCGACCUGCGAGGGCCGGUUCAGGGCCCCUCGGACUUCACGGCACUGGAACACCUCAUCGAUCUGGGUGCUCCAGAGUCGAUGUUUCGCGCUUCCUUGUUGACCACCGCCUUGAAGGACUCCAUCGUGGGCUCGUGGCAUUCAACCAUACUUGCAACCUUGGAGCCCGAGGUGGCUGACUGCACCAAACAACUGCGCUUGCUGUCGAAAUGGGCUAGGCUGCCGUUUGCGUCUCCUCGCCGGGCGAGCGCGCGAGUGGCCCAACUGGCCGAACUUCGGGAGGAGGUGCGAGAACUCCAAGCUCAACACGCGAUGGACGAUGCGAGGGCCACCAUUCUGGCGGAUCGUAGCGCAAUGAUCUUGGAGUUCUCCAAGGCACACGAUCCGCCAAAGGAGUGGAAGAAGCUGAGAAGAGAAAGGGACAAGACUUUGGAUUGGUGUGGUUUGCCGACCUCCGACGCAGAAGAGGCCUUGGACCUGAUGACGCCUUAUUUGCUCAACAUGUCCGACGAUCCCGCCCUGUGUGGCCGCUUGAUGUAUCUCUUGCCAAAGGGUGAGCGAACCUGCAUUGGGAGCGAUCCAGACAACUCCGUCGUUGUGGAUGGUCUUGGCAUUCUGCCGAAUCUUUGCAGCAUUGUCAACGUGGAUGACUUCAAGCUCACCCUUUCUCGGCCAGAUUUCGCUCGACGCCACGUCCUCAUCAACGGCAAGACGAUGGCCAAAGAGAGCAUGGUCUUGUCACACCAUGACCGGAUUUGCUUGGGUCGUGCCCAGAUCUUUCGACUGCAGAUUCCCCACAUGGGCGUGGAAACCAUUCAGGAGGAGGAGGAGACUUUGGCGCGCAUGCAGAGAUUGGAAUGCCUCCUACCGGAGGAGUUGACUGGCUUUUUGCCGUCUCUUCCACGGCAAAGCUUUGACACCACCUUUGAGAAUCUCCAACACCUCUUGGACCACUCAGAUGCAUUGAGAAACUUGCAGUACUACAUCAAAGAUCUUCUCCCACGACUACCGGCUGCAAGUGCAUUGGCUUAUUUUGAAGCAUUGAGGAAGGUGUGCUACUGCGUGGACGAAGCCAACAUGAUCACCCGCGAGGUCCGCCCAGAUGACCAUUUGCACCUGGAAGUGGAGCUCGUUUGGGACAUUUUCCGCCCACCUGAGGAGGCCAUUUUGAUACGCUUGAUGAGAUACUGUAAAAGUGAUGAUGGGCCAGCGACUGGACAGGUGGUUCACUAUUGGUCCUACGCGUGUUUUCUGGAGCGACUGGAGCUCAUGCGGGAUGUCCACAGGGUGCACUGCCACGCGCGCAAUGGCUGGGCAGGUGCCAACGAGAUGCUUCAAGACCCUUGGAUGGAGCCCAAUCUCUUCCCGCUCCGCGAUGUGUUGAGCCAUGCUUUGGCACAACGAUCUCUUGCUGAGCUUCAAGCUGUACGACAACAGCCCGUAGAACCUCCAGACUCUGAGCGGAGAGCGGCCGAAGCUGCCCUGCAGGAGCUUCAGGAGAAGACGGAGCAGCUCGAACGCCAGGCCGAGAUCAUUAGCCAGCUCAAAGAACAGAUCAUGGGCGUGGUCUCACUGACGCGGGAGCUCCAAGAGGAGCCCGGAGACACAGUCGACCCGCCGGAGCCUGCAGAGCCCGCGCGGGUUGGCGAGGAGAACUUCACGAUGAGUGUCUCCAGCUCCACCUUCUCUGAUGGGGUCCCGACAGGUGGGCAAGUCGAUGAAGACGUGCGCUCGAGAGGCUUCAGAGUGGAUGCUGGGCGGGGAAAACGCGCGACGGGACGUCAUGGCUGACCUGACCCCUUUGGAUGUGAGGAUUGUUUGAAAAACGUCAGCCGGCAGCUUGUUGUUUUAAAUUCACCGUCACAUGAGUGUAUUUUUGUACUACAAGUGCAACUUAGGAAAGUUGUUUGAAAACAACUGAUUUUCAUACUCUUCAGAAGAAACACCAAAUAU